UCAUAAUUUUUUUAAUAAAAAAAAAAUCUAAAAAUUUUUAAAUAUCGGUUGACUUAAUUUUUAUUUAUUAAUAAAAUAUGGAUGUAAAUAGUGGGUCGUUUGAAGCAGUAGCUUGCAAAGUGGAAAAGAAUAAGGAGGAUACUCAAAUUAAUGAAAAUUUGGACAAUGGUCAAGAACGUGAUUCUGAUCAAGAGUAUCCCAUUGAUAUGGAAGAAAUUAAAGUAGAACCUGAUGAUACUGAUAAUACCGAGAUUCCUGAUCAAGAUAUGAUUAUUCCAGGAUUUGUCACAGUAUACGUAGAAGAAAAUAAUUUUAACCAACCUGAAUCGUUAUCAAUAAAAACAGAAAGAAAUGGUCGAAAAAAUCGGGCUCGUAACAAAUUCAAUUAUUACAAACUGGGACAGAAGCCGUAUACUUGUGACAUCUGUUUCUCGAAUUUCAGUUCAAAAACUUACGUCAACCUACACAAGCGUAUUCAUACAGGACAAAAACCCUACAGCUGUAAAGAUUGCUCUAUGACGUUUAGGUUCAGACAGGCUUUUGAACAACAUCUAAGAAUUCACACAAACGAGAAGCCUUUUAAUUGUGAUCUUUGUUCUGAAACAUUUCGUCAAAGGAUUCAGUUGCAAAGACAUGAGCUGAUGGUACACUUUAGAGUUUCUUCCAAAAGCCAACAUUCAAACAAAAAAGCAGCGAACAAGAGGAAGACAACUACCAAGAAAAAGAAGAAGCGAGUGGUGGAGAUAAAAACGGAGAAAUUAGCUCCGAUUAAUUAAAAUUACCAACUAAUAUUUAUUUAUAAUGGCCAACAGUGUAGCAAUAAAUUAAA